AGUUUGAGCAGAAGGACAAAGAGUGACUGGACUAUGUAUUAGCAGAAAACACCGUCUGACAAACAGAUCUGAGACACUUUGAUGAUAUUUUUUCUCAGCAGUCAUGAUGCUCAGGAUUUGGUGUGUGCUGUGUGGCCUUGUUUAUGUGUGUGCAUCACUCUGUGUGAACGGUAUUGAAUAUGAGGAGAACUAUGGAGAAAACUACGAUAACAAGAUCUCUGAGGACCAGCAAAAUGGGGAGCCUUCAGCCACGCCGUGCCAGGCUGCAGAUCUGUCUCGCUGGGACAAGCUUUUCAUUGCUCUUGAGGAUUCCCACAUGAGACAGAACAUACUGCUGGAGUCUCAACAUAGAUGCUGUGCAGGAAAAGCCUCUCUCCGGAACCAGGUGGACAAGCUGGCCAAAGGAACCUGCCAUCAGUGUCUCUCCAGCUUGAAGCUGGCGUGCCAGGAGCAAGCAGAGAAGGCAAACCUGCGGCUGCAGCAAGCCUUGGUGGAGCUUAGAGAGGAGGGAGCAGAGAGGGAGAGGAGAAUUAGUAUCACUUUACACCAGCUCCUGCGCAGGAGAUUUGAAGAAGGUCGUGAUCAUGGCGCAGAAACCAGGAUGGGACACCAACAAACAGCAAGAUCUGCAGGUUUGGGAACACCAUUCGGUUCUGGGAUGACAAACAUCACAUCUGGCCUGGAAGAGCAGGAAGUGACAUCACCCCUGGAUAUGGCCGUAAUGAAACGGUCUCUGAUUGCUAUAGCAGCAGACCUCCAGAAAGUUCAUCUGCAGCUGAGCAACCUCUUAGAACAAGUGGGAUAAUUUAAGAGGGACCGAGCAGCAGAAGCAGGAAGUGAGGAGGGCUCCAGUGUGCGUUGCACCUAUUAUUUUUAAUGUUAUUCCUUAAAGUUACAUUUGUUUUUGGCUGGCUCAAAUGAUUUUAAAUGCAGUGGCUUUACUGAAAACUAUUAAUGAACCUCGUGGAAAGGGUUCCUCCCUCCUCCCACACGUUAAUCAUCUCAUUAUCUGAGCUGGUCCUGACUUUACAUCACUAUUUCACUGUUUGUGUCGCCAUGGUAAUGACUGCAGAAAGAAAGUGUCACAGAAUUUAGAUGCUGGUGAUUCUGAUUCAGCCUCACUCUCUCAUUUGCUACUUUAAGGCUUUAAUUAUACAAAACAAUGUACUAAUGGCUUGAGAGAAGUCCACCAAAGCUAUGACACAAUCCGCCAAACUUUCUUGCAGCCACACACAUUUAUGACAAGGAGGUUUACACUGGUGUUUGUCAGGAGGACAUUUCAAAGGAACACAAACUUAAUUCAGUGAUCAAAGCAGAACACAAUAAUCUUUGGUGCAGAUCUAGAUUAAGGGCCAGAUUCUACCGUUGCUAUUGCUUUUUAACUUUGAUGCUGAUUCCUGAUUCUAAUCCUGCAUUUGAUCUUUGCUCUACCAUUCUGAUGAAUUCAAUCCUGAUUACGCGAUUGCAAUGUGAAAAAGCAGUCUUAGUUCUGCAGUCACGUUCAAAGAUCAGAAUCAAAAAUGUGUGAUCAGGAUCAAAGGACAGCAACCAGAAUGAAAGCUCAAAAUUAAAGGUCAACCACUGAAGUGAUCACGAUCCAAGGUCACUUCUCAGGAUCAAAGAUCAGAAUCAAAGAUAUGUGAAGAGGAUCAAACAACAGCAACCACAAUAAAAUGUCAGGAUCAAAGGGCACCAAUCAGAAUCAAAGCUCAAAAUCAAAGGCCAACUACUGAAAGGAUCACGAUCAAAGGUCACCUAUCAGGAUCAAACAUCACAAUCAAAGAUGUGUUAUCGUCAUCAAAGGACAGCAACCACAAUAAAAGGUCAGGAUCAAAGGGCACCAAUCACAAUCAAAGCACCAAAUCAAAAGUCAACCACUGAAAGGAUCAUGAUCCAAGGUCACCAUCAGGAUCAAAGAUCAGAAUCAAAGAAGUUUGAUCAGGAUCAAAUGACAGCAACCACAAUAAAAGGUCAGGAUCAAAGGGCAGCAAUCAGAAUCAAAACUCAAAAUCAAAGGUCAACCACUGAAAGUAUUACAAUCAAAAGUCAGCUAUCAGGAUCAAAGAUUGGGAAAACAGGGUAGAAAUCAGAAUCAAUGCUCAAAAGCACAGGAUGGAAAUUAAAGUCAAAGCACAAUGAUUUGAAUCAAAGAUCAGGAUUCAAGGUCAUACAUUAGGAUUAAAGUUCCAGCUAAGUGAGUGUUAGAGUCCCGUGAUUGCCCAUACAUAGGUCUGCUUUCCUCCAGAUUCACAAUCCUGGUCCAGAUCUAGUGGAAGAAUUGGAAUUUGGUUUGGAGCGGAAGAUAUUUUAAAGGUGAUAGUAGGGCCUUGAAGCAUUCACAUCAUGAGUGCCCUUCUGAUUGUUAUUGAAAAGUCGGAGCAUUAUAACGU